AUGGCUGACAAAGACGUGUAUGUUGGCGUGUGGCAGAACUGGAACCUAGGGCCACCGCUCGGAUUGACCUUGACUGUCCCAGCCAUCUGGGGUCUUGUCCUUAUCGCCCUUCUCGCCCUGGUCGUGAAAUGGGCGGGCACCCAUUUCUGGGGCAUCAUCUGUUUUGUCCUCCAUGAUAUCCGGGCGACUUCGGCUUCACACGAUGGCUUGCACUAUCAGCAUCAGGCGCUCCUGCGGUCAAAGGUCUCCGAAACAGACUUUCUCAUCCGGAUGUGCCGACUCAGUUGGGCGUGGAGGGCAAGCACACCUGCAGCGUUUCGGAGAGGAUUCCCUCUCGCCAUCCUUGCUGCGGUGAAUCUAAUCGCCUUCCUUGUGGCUGGUAUUCUGUCGGCUCGUGUCACGGUCGGCGACAGCGAGGGGCUUCUCGUUGGGCUUUGCGGAAAUCUGGAGUUGACGGCAAACAAGGACUUUCCCCUGUGGACGCCUAGUGACUGGGAGACAGGCGAUGCGCUGUUUGUCGCCGCGUACAACGCUUACCGCGGUCAUCUCACCUACGCGCAGACGUGCUAUGCAGGAAACAUCCAGAACAGCUCCGACGCGCAGUGUAAAUCCCCGAGCAUACCGUACAUCGAGUCGGAGAUCAAUCGCGAAGCGGACUGCCCUUUCGCCCCCGGAGUGUGCACGCACCCGGCGAUAACGCUCGACACUGGGUUGAUGGAUUCUAAUCGUCACCUCGGCAUCAACAUGGGUCCCAAGAGUCGGUUACAGAUUCGGAAGAAGACGUCCUGCGCCCCGAUUGAUAUGGAGGCGUAUUCUACGGAGUGGACUUCAGACAUCCAACCUGGGACCGAGAUGUUCUUCCCGACGCUGUUCCCCAACGACACGUUCAAGUAUUACUCGAUGGGAUCGAGCUGGCUGUUUGGGGCGCCGGUCAGCAACUUCACCUUCGUCAUGAGCAAUUAUUCGCUCUACGUGAAUGGACUUCCAUAUACAUUUGGGCAAGUCAUACAUACCACAUCCGCGCGUCUGCCUGUCCGUACCGCGUAUGCAAAGAACUUCACCGAGAGCGGCUUCUUCCCCGACGCCGACUUGAACCGCACGGACGCCGACGUCUCGCUCUUGACGCUCAACAACCGCGUCGCCUACACGGGCAGAGUCGACGACCCGUUCUUCGAAGCACACCUCAACUCUGGAGGCAACCGCCUCGCGGACGCGUGGGUCUCGGACAAAACCCUCACGGGCAUCGCCUGCACCGAACAAUACCAGUUCUGCAACCCGGCUCUCCGCGACCCUGAUUCCGAUACAGCCUCCUCAGACGCUGCCGACUCACCGCUCUGCGGGCCCCUGGGCGCGCUGUAUGACUACGACCUCACGACCCCGCCGGCGGCCCUGUCACUCAAUGCGCGCCAAACCGCCACGUACCGCCUGCUCCGCGACAUGGUCUACUCGCUCCGGUUCAACAGUUUCCUGAUGUUCCUGAAGAACGAGAUCCUCGCGGCCAACAAGCUCGUGUACGGCUCCUUUGGCAUCUCGACCCCGCUCACGCCGACGGCAUGGCACAUCGAGAUCGAAAACAUCCACAACAUUACGCUGGCCGGCCUGCAGCUGAACAUGAUCUCCCACGCGGCCGCCACGGACGUGCAGAUCCGGCCGGGACUCCAGCUGAUCGACCACAUCGUGCCCGAGACGGACGCGGACAGCCUCGCGCUGUGCCGCAGCCAGCGCGUCAAAGUCACGACCCACAGCUCCUUCAGCAUGGCGGGGAUUCUGAUCAUCCUGUGCGUCAGUCUGCUCAUCAUCCUCGUCGACGUGGUCCUUCCGGGCAUGGUGCAUCGGCUCCAGCGCACCUCCCCGGUCGGCGACGCCGCCAAGCAGGCCUGGGACGAGGACGACAUCCUGCAGAUCCAGCGCCUGGCGUUCGAGGGCCGGGGUGUCGGGCCCUGGAAGGGCAAGAGUGGAGGCAGCGUCCCCGUCACGGCGGGCUGGGAUGUCCGGUUUCGUCGUGACAAGGUGUACGGGAGUGGCCUUGGGAAGACCGGGCUUAUGGUCCCCUGGGAAGGGGAGUCGACGACGUCGUAUGAGGCCCUUGAGCCGUUGACCAGCGCGUACAAGAGCGAGGGGGGUGGGGCUGUCAGUGCGACGGAGCUGAAGACGCCACAGAGCAGUGUGUUUCGGUGGCAUGGGUGA